AGGUCAGAGCAGGAACACGGCAGCCAUUGUGAGUGGAGGAUGCCCUAUAGAAAGUGUCAGGGCUUCACCCAGACGUCACUAGGUCAGUGUUUGAUGUGUGAUUGUGUGAUAGCUGCUAAACAAACUACUUUGCGUAAUGUGAAAAUAUAUCAUUUAAGAUUCUCUACAUACAUUCACCAGACAUGACACAUACCAGACGACCAUCUGGUCCAAGCUGUUUACAUCUCGUCUGAACGGUAUGGCUAGGAGUGUGUGCAUGCAUAAUGAUAAUGGGUUAAAAUAAUUUUAACAGAAAAAGAAAGGACACGAUAAAUUAAUUCCCCUUUUUAAUUUUUUUUUAAAAUGUAAUCAAUAAAUAUAAUAUGAAAAAUAUGUCAGUAAUGCACAGUGAAGUGCAGUAGCAACUGCUGAUAGAGUUAGCGACUUACUUAUCAUGCUGGUAGUAGAGUGAAAGUGAAAGGUAAUCACAAUUUGCUUGUUUAGAAACUGAACGAUGCCCCCUCCCCCCCACCCCACCCCCGCCACCCCCGUGAGUGAGUCACUGUGUCUAUCAUCUGAGACACAGUUGCCAACAGUGCUCCGCUUGUCAUGGUAGCUGAAAUUCGGAACAUAUUUAUUCUAAGACACAUCAUCAAUCUCAAUCCUACCGAUGUGUGUGUUGCCAGUGAUGGCUCCUUGAUUAGCCCAUGACGAAAAUGAUAAGUAAUGAUGACUAGGCCCAACGUAUGUUUUAGUAAAUGCGUGCUUUGUAGAGAGUUAGGAGACGGCAUUUAUUUCAUGAACAAUCUUACUGUUUCAUAUCGGUUGCAUUUCUUGAAAGACUAACAUUGUUUACACGUUCGCAGUUAAUGUGAACGAAGUGGUCUAUGCGCAGCCGACCGCGUAUGACCCUGAGAGUUAGACGCAGUCGGCAAGUCACGUGAGGUCUAUAGUCUUCCUGUGUUACAGUAUCAAUCAAUAAAGGUGCUUUGAUAUCGGUGUGACUGGGUGGUCGAAUGGUCUAACUUGACCAAACCUCGGGUUGAUGGUCUGGAGCUCAAUACCAGUCCACGGCAAGCCAUGAAUACGCGUUAGUUUCUAUGCUUUUUUCUCGAGAAUGAAGCAUCAACUGGGCUUAUUGUUUUACGUUUUUUUUUGGCUAAAAAAUGUUAAAACAUGAGAAGAAUUAUUAACUUGACCAAUGUAAUGUUAUCAAUGUUAUACUUAUAAUUAUCAAAGAUAUGUUUGUGUUGUUAACUAAUUUUGUGGCAGAUAAAAUCAUGUUUUCACUGGUACAGUAAUAAAAAUAAUCAUGGGUUGAGAGUAGCAGGAAAAAAAUCGCUGUAGGGGCAGGGGGUUCUGUAGAGGGGACACUGUAAGUAGGGCAGGGGGUUCUGUAGAGGGGUCAGUGUAAGUAAUACUUUCACUUUCACACAGUUAUAGUUUUGCAUGGAAGCUGAAAACUGUUACAUUUAGGUCAUCAAAAAAAAAAAAAAUCAUAAAUAAUAAAAUUUAAAAAAAAAUAAAUAAAAUCAUAAAUGAUAAAAUUUAAAAAAAGAUAAAUAGAAUGUAUUUCCUGAAUUAGUCAGUAAAACCAACCACAUAGUCAUAGCAACAUAUAAAAACCUAAUCAAUCAAAAUACAUGACUAGACUUAGACCAUGGAAAUGCCUUUAAAAAAAUCUAAGACUUAGGCUUAGACUCUAAGAAAAUGUAGACUUUGACUUAUACUUAUAAUUAUAAUAUACUUAUAAUAGCACUAGCACUAAUACUAAUACUAUUGCUAUCACUAUCAAUACUAUCAUCAAUUUCAAUAUUAAUUAAAAUUAAUUCAAUUAAAAUUUUACGUUCAACACAUUCAAAGUUCCAGUUCAAAACAACCCAUCAUGCAGCUCAUUACGCAUAGUACUUUUUUUUUAAAAUUGCCCAACAAGCGAUAAUAAACCUGAUUUGGCUAAAUUCCCAGCCGACUGCGUUUAACCCUGAGAGUUAUACGCAGUCGGCUGUGAACAAACCCCAGGGGGAAAAAAAAAACGUCAUUUCUUUCUGCCUUUGCUUUUUUUUUUUUUUUUUUUAUGCUUAAAAAAACCCCAGUUACUUUAUAAGAACUUGGACUUUUUUUUUUUUCCUUUUCUUUUUUUUUUUUUUUUUUUGAUGCUUAAAAAAACCCCAGUUACUGUACAAGAACUUGGACGUAUUUUUUUUUACUUAGAUUUAUUUAUAUAUAAUAUUUAGUUAACACGCUCAAAUUUUGCCUCAAAUUUCUUUUUUGAAUGCAUUACUUUUUGUUUACUAUAUAGUAUAGGGCGUUCAAAAAGAAAUUUGACGAAAAUUUGAUCGUGCGAACUGUAAAAAAAAAAUUAAAAAUACCAACCUUCCGUCGAUCAAUUUUCCGUCGACGAAAUUUCUUUAACAAAAAAAAAAAAUUCCGUUAAGCACAUUUUUUAUGCUAUCUGACAGCGCUGCCGCCUGCCUAAUUUAGAGAAAGUUAAGCUCCUCUAUGAACUAGAUUAGUAAACAACGACAGCAAAGAUGGCAGACUUCAAGUACUACGCCAGUGACGAUCUUAACAACGAAAAUUAUGGUAAACUUUAAUUAUUGUCCCCCCCCCCCAACUUUUCUCUCUCACUCGCUCUCUCUUUCUUUUGUUUUGUUUUACCCCAUUUCUUUUCCCUCCUAGCCCACUCGAUCUCUCUCCUUCCCACAUUCUUUCUAUUUUCUUUCUAUACCUUUGUUGUUGUUACUUCUAUAUUUCAAUUUAAUUAUUUCACUACGAAUGUCAAUCUGUUUAAAUAAAAUGCACAAAGAGCCAGGCGUUAGUGCCAACCGGAGUGGCCAAAGCUUCUUGACGUCCCCUUCCACCGAAAAAAACAACAAAAAAAACAACAUCUCUAGAGUUGGCCGAAAAUCUGAAGUAACAAGUGCCACCGGGCAUAUUUAUAAACAUAUUUAAUAUUCAUAUUUUCAGGUCUUACUUUUCAAUAUUCAUAUUUUCCGAACAGUUGGCCGAAGUUAGUCAUAUGAACAGAAAGCGAAUGUGAUUUUUUGAUCAGUCUUGUCGGGCUCCAGAGAAUGCCACAUGCCAAACUCAAUAUAAAAAAAAAAGAACCAUGGAUUAUUAAACGCACCGCCAUAUUCAGAUCCAUAAUUUCGUUCCACAACAACACAUUUCGAAAGCAAGAGAUUCCUUUCUUUGAAAAAAAAAUAAUAAAAAAUAAUAUUGCACCCUCUCUUGUUGACAUGACUCCAUAUGCUGAUCAGAAAUCUCCCGCCAACUUGCGGACAUUAAGGUAUAUUUCAUGUUACAAACGAUAACCUUACAUAAAGGUGCUUUUUAUUGCCAAUAUUAAAAAAAAAGACACCAUACAGUCUUUAGGAGACACCAUUACAAUUAAAUGACGUGGAAGGGUAUGGGUGGGGGGGGAUCGAUGCGCCCCACAGGGGGAAGGUGUUGUUUUUUUUGUUUUGGGGGGGGGGGGGUGUGGCUAAAUUCAUGGCCCACCACAGAUGGCUCUAACCCUAGUUACGCCACUGACUCCAGUGAAACGACUGCAAACGAAACAAAGAAAGAUUACGAAAGCGGGAGAACCGUUUUUUUUGGUUUGAUGGCAAUGCUGGGAACAUGAAAUGGAAACACUGUCAAAUUGUUUAUUUUCUUGAAAUUUCUAAUCAACCUUGAAACACUACAGAGAAAAAAAUAAUUCAACGAAAAAGUGUGUGAUGUUUGCCAUGAAGUCCACGGGCCUCGGGAUGAACUGCAUUUAAAAUGAAUUAAAAACAUGCUAACAAGCAUCAUGGGUCAAAUUUAGCCCAAUUUAUGCUUUAAUAAAAAAAAAAAAAAACUAUCUCUUACAUAAAAUUUGCUGGUAGUGUGACGGCUUCAAUUUCCGGAUAGCAUUCAAAAUAUAAUUCCCGAUAACUACGCUAAAUGAUAUCAAUCUUAGUAAAUAACGCAACUGCGUUUGGUGCGUAAUUUUCUCUUUCAUUUUCGGGAAAUGAAAUCGUCUCAAUUUAAAUAUGGUGUAAUACAUAUAAGAACGAGGUUUGCUAAACUUGAAUUCAUAGACAGGGCAAAAAGAUUUGGACGUUUGGGCUUAGAGCCUUCAUCAGCAAACAAAAUAAAUAGAAGUAGAACAAGUAACGGAUAAUUUUUUUUUAGAAAUUUUCAUUUUCUUGCAGGAAGUAGAAUUACAGGAAGGAGAGAAUAUAAAAGGUGGUACCGUGAAAAAAAGAAGGUAGAGAAUCUUAACGGAACAAAAUACUUAAGGAUACAUAAAAUCUAAGGAAUAAGAAAAAAAUAAGAAAUACUAGGAAAUUGUGAAACUUGUAAGAGAGUUUUUUUUCUUCAAAAUUCAUACCUGUCUAUGAAUUCAAGUUUAGCAUACAUUGUUCUUAUAUUUCAUUUACACAACUUGAAUACAGCCCAUCAAUUAUUAUCUUGUAAUAAAUAUUCCGUUUAAAAAGUGGUUUAGUACAUCAGAUUAUUAAUAUAGUUCAUGGACGUGAAAUAAAAAGUGUGCAGUGACGUAUCUUGGAGGAAAGGGGUGCGGCAAAAGUUGGGAUUCUUAAAUGUGCGUUACUUUGAGUUCAUAUUUUGUCAAGCAACAUUAGUAGAUGGGGUGUUCACGCAUUGCCGUUGUCAUUGUUUGGCGGGAUGUAACUAGUAAUAAAUAAACUUUCAUCCUCUCUCUCUGUUUUUUUUUCUUCUUUUCAUUAAGGAAGUCAUGAAAUUGAAGUGAGUCUCGAGGGAGAAUCCGGCCUGCAAGAACAGCUCAAACGCUGCACCAAAAACCCGGGCCACACCAAAUUCAUCCCUGUGGACGAUUUCAAGAUGGACCAUCUCCCCAUUAAAUACCAGGACGAGGACGUCCUUCAGAUGAUCAAAUCUCUCUCUGGCCUCACAGUUAAACUGUUGACGAACGCCGUCAGCCCGGCCAGGCCAGAUCACUAUAACAACACCCGCAUCCCGUACCCGUUAUCCAAAUAUAAAGGAUUCAUCAACAUUGCCUCCAGUGGCAGUGGAAGGGUGGCAAAUGUUUUCAAAGAAUCUGAUAUUUGUAAGACCGCGACAACAGUCGAACACGUGUGGAAUGUCCGCGUGCGUACCGCUGCUCACGUGGUGUUUGACGAAUUCGAAAUGGACAGCGUGAAGGGCAUCGUCGGGUACGAUUCAGAGCGUAGCUCUACGACCAUCUUAACCGGCAAGCGUCUGCGUUCAGAAGUGUGCGAAGAUUUCUCUGAAAUUGAAUUCCUAACCGAAGAUGCUGCGCUCGCUGGAAGUCUCGGGGGUCAUUUGAAUAGCUAUUACGACAGCUGUUUUAAGAUAAAGGAGAAAUUUGAAGGGAGGGCGGUCCCGGACAAAAAGCUUGCGGUCGUUGUAUCACACCCACACGGGGCCCCGAAACAGGUCAGCGUUGGCGAGUGGAUAAGGAUGGAUGAGUCGAGGUCAAGUAGUGACUUCGAAAAUGCCUUUAUUUACGGGACGAGCACGUGCGCGGGCAGUAGCGGGGGGCCUGUUUACAUCAUGGGAAGGAUGGGGUGGGUGGCCCCGUAUCCUCACAGCGGCACACACAAGGAAGGCAAUUUUAGUUCUGUUGUCAGUUUCUAAGGUAUGAAUAUUGAAAUCUUAGGGUCGAAAAAACAAAAACAAAUGAUGGUGCCUUUCAGUGGAAUGUUGAUUUGUGUAAAGAGGAAAUGAAUGAAACAAAGGAAGGUUGCGUUCCCCUUUUCAGAUUUGAACAAAACAACGAACGUGUCGCCAGGAAGCCUUCGUCAGUAAACAAACAACAGAAAAAAAAACAGAAUAAAAUUUAAAUAUAUAUAUAUUAAAAUCAAGCACUUAGCUGAGAGGUAGUGUUCAGAGCGCAGCAAAAGAAUUUCUGCAAAGACACGUUAACGGUGGUCAAUCAACACUUUGUUUACUAUAAACAUUGAACGUUACACACUGUUUGCUUAACUAUGUAUGUUUUUGACUUGAGGGUGAAAGUAACAGUUUAGGUGCUUUAAAAUUGUAUAGUGUAUCUACAUAUCUUGAAUCAUCUGACACAGAGACAACACACCAUCUCCUUGACUGCACCUGAUUAACAUAACCCCCAGGGUGUGAAGGAGAACGCGCGCUGUAUGUAUGUUUUGUCUGUUUGUUUCUUUCUUUUUUUGUUUGUUUGUUUGUUUGUGUUGCUAAGUUUGUUAGCGGAGCUGACAUGGCGAAUUGAAGAGCUCUGUAAUAAACGUUACUAAAAA